AUGGAAAUUGGAAAGGCGUUUCGAGCUCUCGCCUAUAAUGGCAUCCGAGCCGCUCCAGUCUGGAGCUCCUCAAGCCAAUCAUUCACUGGCAUGCUGACUGUGACAGAUUUUACACUUAUGCUUAACGUAUGCUGGCGCCAGUUGGCAGCCGCUCGAAUGAGCGGAACUGGUAACGAUGCUGGAGCUGGCGUCUUCAUUGAUUCCCCACCGACCACUCGAGCUACCAGGACCAAGUACAAGACAAAUCAAGUCAGCACCAGUCUGCCGUCUUCUCCACGGGGAUCAUUAAUCGAACCUAGUGCAGACCAAACCUCCCAAGUCUCGGCUACGGCAUCAGGGACAGUUAGCAGACCUGCUGGGUGCAGUCACUGGAUUAAUUUGACUCUAGACGACCUUGAGACACUUACUGUGGAAAGAUGGAAAGGUAUUAACGCGGACUAA